AAAAAAAAAAAAACAUUUKCUUUGCAUUGUGAUGCAGUAGAUCUGGGGGAAAAAGUGGUUUUUAUGCUUUGAAAAAAAAAAGUUAGGUCAGUUUUAUAUUUGCAGAAACGAAGCGAAUGAGCGUUAAAUUCCUACAAAGAUGAAGGUGGUGAAUUUAAAGCAAGCCAUUCUGCAGGCGUGGAAAGAAAGAUGGAGUGAUUACCAGUGGGCCAUUAACAUUAAGAAAAACUUUCCAAAAGGUGCAACAUGGGAUUACCUCAACUUUGCAGAGGCUUUAAUGGAGCAGGCAAUGAUUGGUCCCUCUCCCAACCCACUCAUUUUGUCUUACCUCAAGUAUGCUAUAUGUUCACAGAUGGUGUCUUAUUCCAGUGUGCUCACAGCCAUCAGCAAGUUUGAUGGUUUUUCUCGGGAACUGUGUGUCACAUCGUUGUUGGAGAUAAUGGACAUGUUCUGUCAUCGUCUCAACUGUCAUGGAAAAGCAGAGGAAUGCAUCGGGCUGUGUCGGGCCCUGCUGGGAGUGGUUGUGUGGCUGCUCCAUGGCUGUGCRUUUUACUGCGACAAGCUGAGAGAACUGGGUCCAUCCGCCAGCACAGAGUCCAUCCUCCAAGCAUGCCAAGAGAGACUUCACAACCUGAUGAGCAGCACCAAGAUCAGAGCCCUGGUUCACAUAGCCCGGCUGGAAGAUCAAGGUUCCUGGAACAACAUUGAACAAGCAGUGCUUAAAGUGACAGAAAGCCUCUGCAAUGUCUCCAACCAAACACUGAGGACUAAAUUAGAGGAAAGUGUGUCUUUAGUUAAAAGUAUUCCCCUGAUGCUUUCUGUGCAGUGUGACCUGCCUGUCCGUGCCUCCUUUCCUUCAGUUCAUGCAUUCAUCAUGCUGGAAGGGACCAUGAAUUUGACUGGGGAGGUACAGCCGAUGGUUGAGCAGCUCAUGAUGAUUAAAAGAAUGCAGCAUAUUCCUUGUCCUCUUUUUGUCCUGGAGAUAUGGAAGGCUUGUUUCACGGGGCUCAUUGAGUCACCAGAGGGCACUGAAGAACUGAAAUGGACCGCCUUCACUUUCCUUAAAAUCCCACAAGUUCUGCUGGGACUAAAGACAUAUCCUCAGGGCGAUAAAGGACAAGAUUUCAUGGAGGAUGUAAACAUUGCAUUUCAGUACUUACUUAAGCUCACACCACUGUUGGAUAAAGCAGAUCAGAGAUGCAACUGUGACUGCCUCGGCAUGCUUUUACAAGAGUGUAACAAGCUUGGACUGCUGUCCGAUUUAAACACAGAGAACCUCACGUCAAAACGGACUGUGGACAGGGAGUUUGCCCCAAGGCUAAAAACUGCCGAAAAUGCAAACAUCCAGCCUAACCCUGGCCUCAUCCUGCGAGCUGAGCCCACUGUCACUAACAUUCUCAAGACCGUAGAUGCAGACCAUUCAAAGUCCCCCGAGGGCCUUCUCGGCGUUCUUGGACACAUGCUGUCGGGAAAGAGCCUGGAUCUGCUCCUGGCAGCGGCAGCGGCAACCGGGAAACUCAAGUCCUUUGCCAGAAAAUUCAUCAAGCUGAAUGAGUUUCCUAAGCACAUCAGUGGAGAAGGAUGUGAGUUGAGUGACGAGUUCCGAUGGGGUGAAUUUUUUGAUGUGCUUCUUCUUUUGAAUGCUGAUAUGUGUCUGAGGAUGUUUCCUUCCUUUUCUUCUUUAGCUAAGUCUGCAUCUGUUCGAGCUCUGCUCUUUGACAUUUCCUUCCUCAUGCUCUGCCAUGUUGUUCAAACGUACGGUUCAGAGGUGGUCUUAUCAGACCUCAGUCCCUCAGGAGAGACACCUUUCUUUGAAACGUGGCUCCAGACCUGUAUGCCUGAAGAGGGCAAGACUCUGAACCCAGACCACCCCUGCUUCAGACCCGAGCCUGGUAAAGUGGAGAGUCUGGUGACCCUGCUGAACAACUCUUCAGAGAUGAAACUAGUUCAGGUGAAAUGGCACGAAAUCUGCCUCAGCACUCCAGCUGCCAUUUUGGAAGUCCUCAAUGCGUGGGAGAACGGCGUGCUUUCUGUGGAGGCGGUCCAGAAGAUCACUGACAACAUCAAGGGGAAAGUAUGCAGCAUGGCUAUCUGUGCGGUGGCGUGGCUGGUGGCCCACGUCAGGAUGUUGGGAAGGGACGAAAGAGAGAAACCCCAGACGAUGAUUCGACAACUUGUGACUCCUCAUUAUGCAGAGAACACCCUACAGUUUUAUACUGAACGCGUGGUCAUUAUGAGUUCCAUCAUGGAGCACAUGUGUGCAGAUGUUUUCCAACAAACGGGCGCGGUGCUGCGACCCCCGGUGGAGGGCCAGGAGCCGAUCCCGUACCGCAACCUGCUGCCCGCUAAAGAACCCAUCCAUAAGGCCCUCAGCCAGCAGUUCCAGACGGUGCUGCGGAAAGCCUGGGUGGACAGUCGAGCUUUUCAUGUGUUCGAGAGUCUUCUCAACAUGGGAGGGGUCUUCUGGUUCACUAACAAUCUGAUCAGGGAGCUGCUGAAGGAAACUCGACAGGAGUGGGCCAUUCGGGUCGUGGAGUUGCUGUACAGCAUCUUCUGCCUGGACACUCAGCAGAUCACCCUGACGCUGCUCGGGACCAUCCUGCCCAACCUGCUCACUGACUCUGCCCACUGGCACAGCCUUUCAGACCCUCCUGGAAAGGCUUUGGCCAAGUUGUCUGUGUGGUGUGCGCUCAGCUCUUACUCGUCUCACCACAAAGGCCCCUCCUCGGCUCGUCAGCGCAAAAGGCAGAGAGAAGAUAUCGAGGACUACAACAGCCUGUUUCCUUUAGACGACACUCAGCCCUCGAAACUUAUGCGGCUCCUGAGCUCCAACGAAGACGAGCCUGCAGCUCUUUCCAGUCCAGGAGAUCGAUCUAUGAAUAGCUCACUGUCUGCCUCCCAGAUUCACACCGUCAACAUGAGGGACCCUCUCAACCGGGUCCUGGCCAAUCUUUUCCUCCUGUUUUCCUCCAUCUUGAGCUCCAGGAUGGCAGGACCUCAUACUCAGUUUGUGCAGAGCUUCAUAGAGGAAUGUGUGGAGUGCCUGGAGCAGGGAAGCCAUGGGAGCAUUCUGCAGUUCAUGCCUUUUACAAUGGUUUCUGAGCUGGUGAAGCUGCCCGCUUUGGCCAAACCUAAAGCUGUGCUGGCUAUGACCGACCUGAAUCUACCUCUGGGCCGGAGAGUCGCUGCCAAAGCCAUCGCUUCUCUGUGAGCUGGAACCUUCAGUUGACAAAUUCACCCUCUGUUCUACUACAGGCAAGAUGUGACAACAAAACAUUUUUGAAGGACUGGAUUUUCUUCUACGUAUCUCUUUUUCUGGAACACAUUUUUUCUGUAUUUUAACAUUGAAAGAGUUGAUUAUACAUGUUUUGGAAUAAAAAGAAAAGGAAAAAAAA